AUGCUAACAAAAUCAUUAUAAUGCAAGAUAGUUAUGCAGCCUAAUUAGUCAGUAUAAGAAAUUUUAGAGAGAGAAUAUUUGAUUUAGAAUCUAAAAUGGGAUAAAUUAUUGAAGAAAAUUCCAGAUUAAAUGCUAGAGCAGGCACAAAUUUUUAUGAGUUAACACCAAGACCUAGUUUUACUUCUCUGGAUUAAAUCUUAAAUACUAUUAAUAAUCAAGAUUAAUAAAAAAAAUAAGUAUAAACAAUAAAUUUUAAGCUUAAAUCUACAUAAAAAAAAGUACAUGAGAAGGCAAAGUAAAUCUAGACAUAUAUCAAUGGUAUUAAGUAAUCUUAUGAAAAUAAAAUAUAAGAACUAUCUGAACAACAGUAAAUUUCUAAUAACUAAUAGGAUUUAAAGAAAAAAGUUAAAUAAAAACCUAAAGUAGUUCAGAAAGACUAAAAAGAUAUUAAAGAUUAGUAAAAUUCUCAAUAAUAACGCUAUAAAGUUAAUCCAUAUCAGGCAACUUCUUAAAUAUCAAAGAUGUCUUUAGGAACUGAGAGUGAAGAAGUUCUUGGUAGGUCAGCUGUUGAAAAUGAUUUAGAAAAAAUCAGUAGUAGCAACAUCAAUAAAAAACCAACCCAUAAAGAUAAUUCAAGUAUAAAUCUUCCUUAAAAAUAAAUUGAUUUUGAGUCACUUAACCAUAGCUGAUGUUAUUUAAAUGUCUUUAUAUACUGAAUUGUUAUUAACUAAAAUUUAUAUUUUAAACAACUAAAUUAAAUUAAUUUUAUUUUAUUUUUAUUUUUAUUGA